AUGGCAACGGUCAAUCUGAAUCCAAACGGAUGUCCGGUGGGUGGCACAAACGCGGUCGGGUCUAGCACCUCCAUCCACUCGAUACAGGGGAAGGACCAGUGGGUCAAGCUGAACGUUGGCGGUACCUGUUUUCUAACCACCAAAACGACACUCUCCCGCGAUCCAAACUCGUUCCUAUCACGACUCAUCCAGGAAGACAGCGAUCUCAUUUCCGACCGGGACGAAACGGGUGCAUAUUUGAUUGAUCGCGAUCCACGGUACUUUGCACCGGUGCUGAACUACCUGCGCCACGGUAAGCUCGUACUGGACGAUGGCCUUUCGGAGGAGGGCGUCCUGGAGGAGGCUGAAUUCUAUAACGUGACGCAUCUAAUCGGCCUGCUGAAGGAUAACAUUGCGCGACGGGAACAGCGACCGGCAGCGGACAAGAAGCGCGUCUACCGGGUGCUACAGUGUCAGGAGAACGAGCUGACGCAAAUGGUGUCGACCAUGUCGGAUGGGUGGCGGUUCGAGCAGCUAAUCAACAUCGGCACACAGUACAACUACGGCACGGAGGAGAACGCCGAAUUUCUCUGCGUGGUAUCGAAGGAGUGCGCCAACACGCUGAUCGGUCGCGAGGUAGAAUCAAACGAUCGGGCCAAGGUGCUGCAGCAGAAGGGUUCGCGUAUGUAA